AAACAAGCCUGUCGCAGGGGGAGAGCUCGUCAUUCAUUGCGAUAGGACCAUGAGAAGAAGAAAACUCAUCAAUGAGGACGAAGACAAUGAAGACCAAGCCAGUUCGAGUUGUCACCUUGCCCCCGACACAAUGUACCUCGCUGGUCGGCACUUGAUGUCUUCAAGAGCUCAUCGUUGUUACAGAUCCACAACCACCAAUCAGUCCGACUCUCCUUGGCUUUGGUCCUCCUCUGGGAUCGCGUUCUCCAAGUUAUCCUCGUCUUAUUUGAUCUUGUUCGUUGUGGUUGCUUUGAUUUGCCCUUCAUCGGCUAGUGGCUACCAAUCACCAGGAGCUUUGGAUUACAAUGGACUGCCUCCCGUGGAAGAAGAGAACAGCCUGAAUAAUCUAGAAGAGGGCCCCACCUAUCAAGCACUCGAGGAAUUAGCCAAUACAUUGGCCAAUGAAGGAUCCGAGGAGGAACAAGAAGCCAACGAGAAUGAACCCCUCAUUCCCUGGCCGUACCUCUUGGACUCGCGACCUCGCCGAUCCCAUCUGCAUCAGGACGAACAUCUCCUCCGCUUCGGCAAGCGAUCCUCCAGUCCCAUGGCCAAUUAUGCCAACCAGCCUCUUGAUGAGGAGAAUGUUGAGCCCAGGAACGCCCGGAGUGGCAACCACCUUCUCCGCUUCAGCAGAAGUGGACAAGACCAUCUACUGAGAUUCAGUAAACGAAAUGGAGCCCAUUUGCUUCGAUUCAACCGGGCCCACGACGAUGCUCAUAUGCUGAGAUUUGGUCGUAGCAACACUGAGGAGCCGGACAGCCAACAAUACCGGUCAGCCCGCGCUGGCGAGGAGCAUCUCCUGCGCUUUAGCCGGAGCGGGGGUGACCAUUUGUUGCGUUUUAGUCGGGGUGACAAGGAUCACCUCUUGAGGUUCAGUCGGUCCUCACCGGACCAUUUGCUCCGAUUCAGCCGGACCCCGGGCAAGAUGUUGCGGUCAGUCCGAACCCCGGAGUUGCUGAAGAGAUUCCAGACGGAUGUGAGUGGUGACGGGACGGAUUUCAAUCGGAUCAACCGAAUGGUGAGCAACGACCAUCUUCUGCGUUUUAGCCGUUCCGGAGCGGAUCACUUGCUCCGGUUCAGCAAGCGCAGUGCCGAUGACUUUGAGGAUACGGAUAAGGAUACCAAUAACCUGAACGACAACGACAACAGCCACCUCCUUCGAUUUGCCCGAGAUAGUAACGAUGUGGACAGAGCACAGCACAUUGGGUCACAGAACAGAUUUACCCGUCAAGAUUCCCACCUUCUCCGAUUUGCUUGAGGUUUGAGGGCAGUAGUAAAGCGGGGACGAACCCAACGCAUCAUGGAGCCAUCAGCAUUGCCUCCAUGAAGACUGAAAGAAGUCCACGGCCAUCCUCCCCAUCCAGCGAUGGAACAACAACAACAACAACCCGAGCCUAAGUGUCUAACCCCAACCCAUCUAAUAACACUGGAAGAGGUACCCUUACUAAUAUAUAUAUCAACAACAACAUCACUCACGCACUCAUCUAAUUACUUACUCAUCAUUGUAAUCCAUCGAUCCAGUCAGUCGUCCUUACAAAGUAAACCUGUGGAAUUGACCUAUCUACACAUAUCUGAGUAUUAGUAUGAUUCUUCUCAUUCUGAUUUCCGAUAUUUUUCUUGUGUUUUAAUACAACUUAGAGAAACUCUCGUGUCAUCGUUGUGAAGCGCUCCUCUUUUCCAUUGGUUGCAACAACUACUAUUGUUCCAACUGAAGCCCUUUGUCAAUUGAUACUCCUGUCAUCUUCAUCCUCAUCCUCAUGAUUAUUGCAAUUCAUUAUCCUCUCUUGUUCAUUCUCCAUCAUCAUAAUCAUCAUCAUAAUCAUCAGUAUCAACCAAGACAACAACCGCCAUUAUGAAACUGAAAGAAGCCCGUCUAAAGCAAAAUCAUCUCUUUUUGUAACUUCAGCCACGAGACACUCUUAGAGACAACUCGCCUACUAAGCUUAAGCUUAUACUAUAUUUGUAUAGAGACAGGAUCAAUCUACAAUGAGGGAAACUUAAAAUCAUUGAAGCAGUUCCAACCGACAUUCGCUCUUUCUUCUAUCAAACAUCUUCAACAUCCAAUAUUCCACUUUCAUUUCUCAUCUCAAGCCCCAUCAGGAAGCAUUUUUGGGACAGAAGUUCACACAUAUCAACAGCUAUUGGAAACCACCCAACAUGCACAAUAUUUGGUGUGGGGCUAUAUAUCUAUACAGUUAAUAGUAUCAUUAUUACAACUAUAAUUAUCAUUAUUAUUACUACACACAUUAAUACUCAAACGUACUAAUCUAAUGGUUUGCCUGAUUUUGAAAUAUAUUUUCACUUAAAAGA